CGGAUUUUCAGCAUCGUCAGCGGUCGAGCAGUCGCCCCCUCUGCUGAUCAUAGCCGGUCUAUUCUGUAAAAAUACUGUCCUUUUCCUUUGACGCGUUUACACUGAGACCAGUAGGUGCGCACCUGUGGACCCUGAUGUGUUGGGCUCUCGCUGGAGGCGGCGGGAGACGUUAUUUCACUGCGUAAACAAAAUGGCCCUGCUUCAGCAUCACCAGCUGCUGCCGCUGGCCUGCGCGCUCCUGCUGUCCGGAAUAAACCGCGUCGACGCGCGCUCUUCGCAAAUCUCGGAUUUAAAGUCUAAAAUCUCCGGCGUAGAGGAGCUUUUGGAUGAAUUCCGUAAACAGCUCCAACAGGAGCAGGCGUAUAACCGAGCCAGCGACGUGACUGACUCCUGUGUGGGGGACUACGACACGGCGGAGGCGCGCAUCAUCCGGACCAGGCUCUCCAUCGAGCAGGGAGCCACCUUCCUGCUCGCCCCGGACACCGUGUACACCUGGAGGGACUGUCUGCACGCCUGCUGCUCCCUGCCGCACUGCACCGUGGCCGUGGUGCAGGAGAACCCGAGGCAGGCCGGGGAGAGCCUGGGUUGUUUUCUCUUCAACUGCACGUACAGGGGCAGAAACGUGUGCUCCUUUGCUCAGAAGGAGGGCUUUUCCUCAUUCACCCGGGCUAACGCCAACGCCACUCGGGGACAGCUGCCAGCUCUUACCGGGGCCGUUUCCAAAAGGCCAGGGGAGGAUGACGAGGACGCACAAGAAGACGAGCCCCCGCGCAGUGAUGCUGGGCAGGAUGUGGUCAUCCAGUUACCCACAGACUGGGCUGUCCUGGACGGGAGGGACAGUGUGGAUGACCACGGGAUCAGCCGCUACGAGUGGACACUGGUCAGAGGAGAUACAGCCAUCAACAUGAAGGUGAAUCACCCAGGCCUAUUGAAAGUCAGCGGUCUCCGGGAGGGUGUAUACACGUUUGAAAUGACAGUGACCGACACAGCAGGGCAAAAGAGCUCUGAUAAUGUGUCUGUGUCUGUGCUGGCUCCCAAACAUCAGGCUGAAGUGUGCACAGGCCACUGCUCAAACUACCAGUUCAAAUGUGACGAUGGCUGCUGUAUCGACAUUACUUAUGCCUGUGAUGGGAAACAGCACUGCCCCGAUCGAUCUGACGAAGACUUCUGCCCCAAUUUUGAAGGCAGCAGAAAGUCGGUGAGUCACUCCAUGGACAUGCCCAGCCCCCGUCGGUUAGUGACCCACACUGGCACAGAGGAGCAGCCAGGAUACAGGAAGACUGUGGAGAGCAUCGUCCCACUUCAGGAGAACACCCAACAGGAUGCAGCCACCAAUCAAGACCCGUGCUCCUCAUCUCCAGUGGUGGGACCAUGCAAAGGCACAUUCCCACGCUGGUACUACGACCAGGAGGCUGGACAGUGCAAGCACUUCCUGUACGGAGGGUGUCAGGGCAACCACAACAACUUCCUGCAGGAGUCUGACUGUGUCACCGAGUGCAUCCAAAAAUCUCCAUCAUUUAAACCGGCAACAGUGGCUCCCUCAGUGACUAAACAGACAGAAAUAGCUGCUCCAAAAUUGUCGGAGAGUCAAACAGAAAGUGAGAAGGCCAUCUCUAAACCGUCUCUCAUCAGAGGAGGUCACCCUGCUCCUGAAUCAGCCGCUAUCCUCCCUCUGGUCCUGGGUGUCCUUAUCACAGCACUGCUCCUCCUCAUGAUUGGCUGUCGUCUCAAACUUGUCCAACACAAACUGAAGAAGGCCCGCCCCCUAACCACCGAGGAGUCCGAUUACCUCAUCAAUGGCAUGUAUCUGUAGCUCUCAAACCUACCACCACUACCACUACUACUACUACUACUUCAAAUACUGAUUGUCACCUGCUGGUUCUGAAAAAUUUGCACUCUUUCUUUUGGCACCCCUGGACUUUGAUUAACAUUUUAAGCUAUUUUUAUGAACAAUUCCUCAUUAAACUGGUGUGAAUGCUGCCGAAAUGCUGCCUUUGAUUACAAUGAAAUACAGUAUUUAUGUCAGUGUGUGUUUGGAGCUGUUGAUAUUUUUCUAAAAGAGACUCAUUAAAUAAAAAAAAUAUAUAUAUAUAUAUCUGGCUAAAUGUUAUGGGAAUUUGGUACAUCAAUUAGGCAUAACAUCGCAUGCUUUUUUUGGGCAGAGUCACUUGCAGACUUCACAAAAGAGUUGUCAAAGGUAUCGAAAAUUAGAUACUAAUCAAUACUAAAACUAAUAUUGAAACUAGAUACUCAUUUGAGCAGGUAUCAAUAAUGCCAGGAAUCUCAUUAUCAGGAUAAAAUUUUUGCUUCCCUGAGUAUGAUUUUGGGCCUUAUUGGGAAAAAAUAUAAGGUCUCGUGGUAACAUAAAGAAUGUACUAUUAUAUAUACUAUUUAAUAUUGAAAAUUAUAUUCUACUACAGAAAAAGGAGAAUUUUUAUCUCCAUUGCGGUGUCGUAAUUGGUAUUGAGUAUUGCGUUAAUUCCUUAGUAUCAAAAUCAAGUUUGAAAUUAGAAUUUUUGAAUUUUGGUCAUGACACUACUUCACACUACUCAUUCAAAUCUGUCGACCUGCUGCAUUUUUCUCUUACUUCUAAAAUUUGAAAAUAAAAUGUGUCAGUUGUCACGACGUUAUGCCUAACUGAAGUUCAGAAAUGUCCUCGUCCACUGUGCUACCUACCUCUACCUUUUGUCUCAAGAUAUUUAUGCGAAUUCAAUACUUCUUUACUUAAAACGGUUGUGUCUCUUGCUGGUAAAAAAAACAUGUUAUUUUUUCCCAAAGAAUGUAUUUCUACCAGUAGGUGGCACUACCACAACGUUGCUCCCUGCCUCUCAAACAAUAUUUAACUCUGACUGUAUGUUGACUGUAAAUUGAAGUGCCUGCUCUGGUGCACUUUACAUCAAUCAUUAAUUUUAAAGGAGAUACUCUGGUCAUGUUGUUUUAAUUUGACUUUUGGUGUAAAUGCAGUUGUAGCUUUUCCUUGAAGUUCUGUGUGUUAUGUCAGAUAAUAAAAAGUAUAUUAUAAA